AUGUCGCUGGAGGUGGAGGACAUCCAUGUCCUGGGAGGAGGUGGAUGGAGGUGCUUGGAGGAGGGAGCUGGGCUGGUGCUGGAGGGAACCUCCAGCCCAGACUGGGCUGUGCUGGCCACAGGCUCGUGGUCCUUUUGGGAGCCUUUGGUUGCCUCUCUCCAGCUGAUCCCCAGUGCAAGGGGAUGUCCUGCCAGCACAGUGUGUGACCAGGCUGAGCAGCCCAGCCCUGGGUUGUUUGGGGUCUGUGCUUUUAUUCUGCUCUUUGAAUCUCUCCGUUGCCUCUUGCAAUCAAUCUGCCUCCAGAAGAGAGCCCAGAGCCUUGAAAUCACUCUAAGCCUGUUGCUGCUCACAGCAGCCACUUCCGGGAGGUUUAAUCCCAGCCACAGCUCCCUGCUGGCAUUCCUGGCUGGUGGCAGGAGCCUGGCUGGUGGCAGGAGCCCUCCUGCUGCUUUGGCACCUCACCCCAGCUCCAUGGGGACAUCUCCCAAGCGUGUGUCACCUCCAGAGCCCAGGCGGAGGAGCCAGGAUCCCUUUCUGGAAUGGCCUGCAGGAGCCAUGGAGGGGAGCCCUCCCGCUGAGGCGCGGCGCCUGCCGCGGCCCCCCAAGCAGCAGCACGCCCAGGGCGGCCGCGGCCCGGCCCCGCCGGAGCGCCCCGAGCCCCGCGGCCCGCACGCCGUGCUGGAGGCCAAGGUGAAGGCGCUCAAGGAGAAGCGGGGCGGGCGGCCCGGGACCCCCGCGGCUGCCCCCGAGCGCCCCUCGCCCAAGAAGCCGCGGCCCCGGCGGGGGAAGGCGGAGGUGGAGCCGCGGGUUCAGCUCCGCACGUACCUGACGGACGGGCUGCUGGACGGGGCCGAGCCCGAGCCUGGCAGCGGCCCCGCGGCCCGCGGCGGCACCCCGGGGCUCUGGAGGGUGCCGGCAGCCAGGGGAGACGUGCCCGGCGGCGCCGAGCUGCCCCCGGACAAGGGCAGCAGCAGGUCCUGGCACUGCGCCUCCCUCCAUGAGAGAGCCGCCCGGGAUGAAGCGGCCCGGAGCCCGCUGAGGGAGCGGGGCCGAGCCCCCGUACCCGCGGCCCAGAGCUGGGAGAGGCUCUCGCUGGCUGAGCGCGUGGAGAGGAACCGGCGGCUGCUGCACGAGGUGCUGGGCCUCGCCGCUCCCGAGAUGCCAGCGAGCGAUGGGGACUGGGACUCGGGGGUUUCGCUGCAGGACGCUGAGGGCUGCAGGGCCUCGGUGGCCGGGCAGGAGCUGGAGCUGAGCCCGCGGCACGAGCAGGCCAAGCAGCUGCUGCAGCGCGCCCGCAUGAAGGCCCGCACGAACCCGCUGCGCGCCAGCCACGACAUCCUGCUGCUGCCCGGCGCCGUCCCGCAGCCCAGGGAACCCGGCGGGCGGCCGAGCGUGGCCCCGCGGGACGGCGGGAGCCUGAGCGACUCAUCCAGCGGGGAGUCGAGCUGCGGGCGGCCGCGGCGGCCGCGGGGACCGUCCCCGUCCCGAGUCCGCUUCGAGGACGAGUCGGCGCGGGACGCCGAGGUGCGGUACCUGGAGCGGCUGCAGCUGCGGCAGCGGCGGGCGCUGGGCUCGGCCCUCGCCUCGCCGGAGCCGGCAGGCAGCAGGCAGCCGGGGGACGGCGCCGGCCAGCCCAAAGCCCGCGGGGGAGACCUCGUGGCCGGGGGCAAGUGCAGCGCCUGCGGCUCCUUCCUCGGCGCUGCCGCCGGCCGGGGCACGGACGCGCAAGCUGCCCCCGAGCCGGCCAAAAGCAGCCCUGCGGCACAAAGAAGCGUCCCCGGGGAUGGCAGAGGGCCGGGCGCUGGCCAGACAGAGCCGAAAAUCCGGCCUCUGGGCCCUGGAGGGUCCCCGCUGUGGAUCCUGCCCUCCCGGCAGCGCAUCCACACCGAGAAGAUCAAGGAGACCUACAUCGGGGAUGUCACCUACAUCGACGAGGUGGACUCGGCCCUGGAGAGCACCGACACCUCCGACGGCUGCCGGACGGACAGCGAGGAGGCCGGACCGCGCAGCCCCCACCUGCGGGGGCACCGGGACCCCCGCACCCGCGGGCACAGAACUCCCCGCGCUGCCCCGCAGCCCGAGCCCAGGGCCAGGAGGGGGACGUGUGCGGCCAGCGGCGGCCCCGAGGGCGGGGACUCGGGUCCGGGCACUGUUUGCCCCCCGCCACCGGGAAGAACCAGCGGCCGGGAAGAUGGGGAAGCCCAUCGACAUCUGGGGGGCAGCAGCAAGGGAGCAAUGAACACAGCUCGCCCCCCGCAGCAGCCCAGUGAGCCCCUGGAGCCUUCCCCGCAGCUGAGGAGCAGCACCCCCAUCCCAGGCACCCACGUCCCUGCUCCCCCUCCCACCAAGAAGGCCUGCGCCCAGGUGCCUUGCAGGAAAGCGCUGUUCUCCGGCAGCAGCCGCCAGGUGCCCAGCCAAGCAGGCCGGGGCCCGGAGCCCGAUGCCGGCAGCGCAGCCCCCCCGCAGCCCGGGGGCACGGCGGGCCCGGCCGAGCGCCGCAGUCCCUGCAGCCCCCGCUGGCUCCCGGGGAGCCCCCUCCGUGCCUUGUCCACCAACAACUGCAACAACACCCACGGGCAGGACGCCCCGGGGCCGGGCAGAGGUGAGAGAUGCACGCACGGGGUGCUGGGGGUGUCCCCAGUGAAACUGGCGUGUGACUGUCUCUCUGUGGCUGCAGGGACGCUGUCACACCCCGCUGGCAGCCCUGUCACCGCCGUGCCCCCCGAGGCUGCUGAUCCUGACGGGGAAGGUGCCGGGAUGUCGGGAGCGCAGCCACAGCGGCACCCGGCCGGCAGCGCCGCACACGGGGAGCCGGGCCGGCCAGUGAGCCGCAAGGGCAGCGGCGCUUCGGCCUCGGGGCUGAAGAAGCUCCUGUGCAGCCUGAGCCAGAGCACCAAGCAGCGCCUGGGCCGCUUCCGCUGCUACAGCAUGGAGCAGCUGCCGGCCCCCGGCAUGUCCCCGCAGGGCAGCCCCGGCGUCAAGAAGUCACCGUCCCUGCAGUCCCUGCAGUUGGUGUCACCCUUCUGCCAGCCCCAAAAAGCUGCCUCUAUCCAGAGCCUGCAUCCCCAGCUGGGGAAGACACCUCGUGCCAGUGCCUACCUCCUGCCCCAGACCUCGGCUGACAGGAAGGGGGGCUCGGGGCCGCAGCGCUCGCUGAGCGUGGAGGACAUCGGGGCGCCGGGGCAGCUGCGCGCCGUGGGGCGCGUGGUGCAGGUGUUCCCCGAUGGCACCAGCCAGCUGGAGCUGCAGCGACCGCCCCACGGCGCCUUCGGCUUCUCCGUCACCUCCGGGCACGGCCGGCCCGACACAGGUGUCUACGUGCAGGAGAUGGCGGAUGCUGGCACGGCCAAGCUCUACGCGGGGCUCCUGGCCGUGGGGGACGAGAUCCUGCAGGUGAACGGCGCGGCCGUCUCGGGGCUGGGGCUGGCCGGGCUGCGGCAGCUGCUGCUGAGCGCUGACAGCCUGUCCCUGCGAGUGCUGCGGCACCGCCCCGCGCCGCGCUAG